AUGCAUUCAUCAAACACAUCCACUUCUCAAACACAAACUCAAAACACUAUAUUAAACACAUCAUCAUACUCAAACAUAUUAAAAACAGAAAACUUUCCAACAAAACAUCAUGCAUUAAUAAUUACAAAAAUUGAUGAGCUAGAAUUCACUGAUCAUAUUUUGGCAUUACAAAAUAUAAUAGAUUUAAAACAAAUAACAGAUGCAUACCCAAUGAGUCAUGGACGUAUAUGUAUUUACCUCAAAACAAAAGAACUGGCAAAUAAAAUCGCUGAAUCUCAUAAACAAAUUACCAUACACGGUCAUCAAACAACCAUAAGAAAACUUGUGACAACAACCAAAAGAAUAAUCAUAAGCGUCCCAGCAAACAUUCCAAAUGAAAUUUUGAUACAAAAUCUCACUAGCCACAAAAUAAAAAUUGCUUCACCCAUAACCCGUCUAAAACUAGCAAAUCCAGCGCUUACUCACAUAAACAGUGGUCGCAGACAAGUGUUUUAUGAACCGGAAGAUGACAUCCCCAUACCAGACUCAUUUACAAUUGAGUUUGAAAACGAAUCCCACCGAAUAUUCCUUAGUACCGAAAAAUGUGAAGGCUGUAGUAGACAUGGCCACACAAAAGAUAGAUGCAAAUACAUCAACAACACACCGACUGCAAAUACUAUAAAUGAAGACAAACAUAAUAACUUAAUGAACCAUGUUAUAUCCAAUGAAACACAAGCCCAAGCUAGAAAACGAACACUUACAGAUACAAGUAGUCAAGAAUCCGAAAACGAAAUCAGUACCUCAUCAAAAAAUCCAUCAAAAAAAUUAAACAACGAACCCCUACACAGUCAUUUUCAAACAAACGAAAACGUUAUCGACGAGAAGACAAACACUCAGGAAACAAAUCAGGCAAAAUCAAACUCCCAAGAAAUUCAACAAAGCAUAAACAGCCAUGAUACAACAAUUACACAAGAACCAAUAACACAAGUUCCAACAACAGACUCAACUACACAAGAAAUUACAACACCUACACAGCAAAAACCAAAGUCAUGCAUAUUACAAAACGAAUUAAUCGAUAAAUUAGCAAAUAAAGCCCGUAUUGAUGGAGAACCUAUACAUAGAGCUGCGACCAUAGAUAACAUAAAUAAUGUCAAAGAUAUACUUCUAGCAAAAUGGCAAAACAAAUGGCAGCGUAGUACAGAUAAACUGAAACCAAUAAAAUCAACAAUUACCGAAUGGCAUACAUCAACUAGAGCAUCAAGAAGAGAAGAAGUGGUUCUGGCUAGAUUACGAACAGGCCACACAAAUCUCACACACAACUACCUUCUUAAGAAACAAGAACCUCCCAUAUGUGACAAGUGUAAAAUUAAACUUACUGUAAAACAUAUUCUAAAUUUAUGGCAAGUUGGAAGAGGAUUGGAUUUGCAAGGACCAUUGUUCCUGCAUGAACCACUUCAUAGGGUCGAAUUCUCGAACAGCUCUGGAGGCCAUGUUGAUUGCACCGCCCAUGGAAGUCCACCACCAGAGGUUGAAUGGAUUUUAUCGGAUGGAUCACCAGUACAUCAAGUACCUGAAUUACGUUUAUUAUAUUCAAAUGGAUCGCUUGUAUUUCCACCAUUUGCUGGAGAACGGUACAGACAUGAUGUACAUGCCGCACUGUAUCGAUGCCGAUUACGUAGUUCAAUAGGAUCAGUUCGUAGCCGAGAUGUUCAUGUUAGAGCAGUUGUAAAACAAAAAUAUGAAGUUGAAGUGUACGAUGAAUAUGUAAUUAGUGGAAAUACAGCAGUGUUACGUUGUCAGGUACCAAGUUAUGUUGCAGAAUAUGUAAUGGUCACUUCCUGGAUACAAGAUGGUAGUGUGAAUAUUUAUCCUAAUACUGACAUCGGUGGUAAAUAUGUUGUACUAUCAAAUGGUGAUUUGCAUAUAAACAAUGCUGGACCUAGUGAUGGUUAUAAAAGCUAUGCAUGUCGUACAAUAAAUCGUCUCACAGGUGAAAUUCAUACAAGUGCUUACCCUGGUCGUGUUAUUAUUACUGAACCAAAAGGUAGUGUACAACCACGUGUUACAGUUGAGAAACAUGCUGUGCGACAUGUUACACUUGGGGAUGAUGUUACUCUACCUUGUGUCGCCCAGGGAUAUCCUGUACCAACAUACAGGUGGUUUCGAGAUGAUCACGAUCAACUCGUUCCCAUCGCAUUAAGUGAUCGAAUUACAUUAGUAUCAGCUGGAUUACUGCGUAUUGGAAAGGUACGAUUGGAAGAUCGAGGAAAAUAUAUGUGUUGGGUUAAUAAUUCCGCUGGUGAAGAAACAGUACAAGUUACUCUUACUGUUACAGCACCUUUAUCAGCGCAUGUUCAGCCACAAGUGCAAGUAGUCGAUGUAGGUAAAGAAGCAUCAUUUCAAUGUAUUACCAGCGGCCAUCCACAAAGUCGAGUCACAUGGCUACAUAAUGGAAAACCUAUAGCUCGCGAUGAUCGUAUAGAAGUUUCAUCAAAUCCAGAACGUUUACGGAUAAAGCAUUUACAAAAAGAAGAUCAUGGAAUGUAUCAAUGUUUUGUUAGUAAUGAAUGGGAUCAAGCACAAGCAAUCGCAGAAUUAGAUUUAGGAGACGCAAGUCCCGAAUUAAUUUAUUGGUUCUCAGAACAAACAUUACAACCAGGACCAAUGGUAUCGCUGAAAUGUGUAGCAACCGGAAAUCCACCACCUCAAUUUAUUUGGAGUCUUGAUGGUUUUCCUGUUCCUGAUAAUCCUAGGUUUCUGGUGGGUCAAUAUGUAACAAUUCAUGACGAUGUAAUAAGUCAUGUAAAUAUAACGACAGUAAAAGAGGAAGAUGGUGGCGAAUAUACAUGUACAGCACAUAAUGCCGUUGGCAAAGUAUCACAUAGUGCUCGUGUAAAUAUAUAUGGUUUACCAUAUAUUAGAGAGAUGCCAAAGAUAACUGGUGUUGCUGGUACCGAUUUAAUUAUAAAAUGCCCAGCGGCUGGUUAUCCGAUUGAAUCAAUUACAUGGGAACGAGAGGGUCAAAUACUACCAUUAAAUAGGCGGCAACGUGUUUAUUCAAAUGGUACAUUAGUAAUAGAGCAAACGCAAAGUAGUGAAGAUGCUGGUACGUACACAUGUCAAGCACAAAAUAGACAAAAAAAUUCAGCACGACGCGAUGUGGAAGUAUUAAUUUUAGUGCCCCCAAAAAUUCUUCCCAUGAAUGCAAUGACUAAUUUAUUACGAGAAGGAAUGAGAGCAGCAUUAUCGUGUCAAAUAAUGGAAGGGGAUUUACCAAUAACUUUUCGUUGGGAACGUAAUGGACGACCAAUUAUAACUAAUAAUAAUGGCGGUUUUGGACAAAAUACGAAUAUGGAAAAUCAAGGAACAAUUACACGACGUUUAGAUGAAUACUCAGCUUCUCUUAUUAUAGAGAAAGUUACAUCAGAACAUAGUGGGAAUUACACUUGUGUGGCAAGUAAUGUUGCGGGAUCUGAAAAGUUUACUGUUCCACUAACUGUAAAUGUGCCUCCUAGAUGGACUGUGGAACCGGUAGACUCAAACGUUGCAGCAGGUCAAGAUGUAACUUUACAUUGUCAAGCUGAUGGUUAUCCCACACCACAAAUCAAUUGGAGAAAGGCAAUAGGAGAACGUCCUGGUGAAUACAAGGAUUUUUUAUUCGAACCCAAUGUCCAUCAACAUCAAAAUGGAUCAUUGACUUUUGCUAAUGUAAAUAAGGACAGUGAAGGACAUUACUUAUGUGAGGCUAAAAAUCAAAUUGGUUCUGGUGUAAGCAAAGUAAUUUUUUUCAAAGUUAAUGCUCCAGCACGAUUUCCCCAAAAAACCAAACAAAUGCAAGUUGUUAAAGGGGAACAAGCGCACAUGCAAUGUACAGCCUUAGGCGAUUUACCAAUCGAAAUAAUGUGGAAAAUGGCGGGGCAACAUAUUGCGGAUUCAAUGGAUCAAAGAUAUAAUAUUCGAGAACAGCUUCUGGAUGAUGGAAUGGUCUCAGAAUUAGGGAUCAGUCACACAUAUAGACAAGAUACUGGAAUAUUCACAUGUUACGCUAGUAAUGCUUAUGGACAAGAUGAAAUGACGAUACAAUUGAUAGUUCAAGAAGUUCCUGAAUAUCCAAAGAAUAUUCGUAUAAAUGAUCAACAAUCACGCACAAUUCAAUUAUCAUGGACUCAACCAUAUGCUGGAAAUAGUCCAAUAACUAGUUAUACAGUACAGUACAAACUUGGCUCAGAUGCCUGGGCCUCCCAACCACCUAAAGUUACCGUCCCUGGAGCACAAACGACUGCCACUGUUCCGAACCUACGACCCGCCAGUGCAUAUCAAAUGCGUAUUAUUGCAGAAAAUCGUUUGGGUCCUAGUGAACCCAGUGAAGUUAUUCAAGUCAAUACUUUAGAAGAAGUUCCAAGUGGUUCUCCUCAAGAUAUUCGAGCCGAAGCAAAAAGUUCGACAGAAUUAGUAGUUACUUGGGAGCCUCCACCUAGAGAUUUGUGGAAUGGAAAUUUAUUAGGAUAUUAUGUAUGGUAUCAACAAAUCACACCUGACAGUACAACUGCCCCAACAUCACUGCCAACUAGCACACAAAAUUCUAAUUUUAAGACUGUAGAAGUUCGACCACAUUUUGGAGGUGAAGCAACGUUACAGGGACUAGAAAAGUAUUCAACAUAUUCAAUUGUUGUACAAGCUUAUAAUAGUCGAGGAUCAGGACCGUCAUCUGAUCCUGUUACAGCUAGGACAAUGGAAGAUGCUCCAAGUUUACCUCCAGAGAGUGUGCAAUGCUCAGUUUUAAGUUCUCAAAGUAUUCAUGUAUCCUGGGAACCACCUUUAGUGGAGGGCAGAAAUGGAGUUAUACAAGGAUAUAAAGUAUCACAUCAUCCAGUUGAAGAUUGGUAUGAAAAGGAUGAUCAAGAAACAAAAGUAACUCCAUUAUUACGUACAACUAUUCCGGGGCUUCGUAAAUAUACAAAUUAUAGUAUCACCGUGAUGGCAUUUACCAGUAGUGGAGAUGGUGUACGAUCACCACCUGUUUAUUGUCAUACCGAUGAAGAUGUGCCAUCACCACCGGCAGAUAUUAAAGCCGUUAUGAGUGCAUCAAAUAAAAUAUUAGUUUCAUGGCUACCACCGAAAAAUUGUAAUGGCCAACUUGUGGGGUAUACAUUUUACAUGAGCGUUAUUGAAGAUGGAAGAGAAGAAGGCACACAUAAACGAAUACUUAGUCCCACGACAGAAUCUCAUGAAACAGUCAAAUUACAAGAAAGUGCAACAUAUCAAUUCUGGGUGACUGCAUCGACAAGAGUAGGUGAAGGUAAAAGUUCCCGAAUUGCUUCAGUUCCUCCAUCAACUACUGUUCCAGCAAAAAUUGUAUCAUUUAGUCGUGAAAUAAUAACUGCUUGGAAAGAAAAUAUAGAAUUAUUAUGUCGUCGUGUUGGAAUUCCCACACCAGUUUCGACAUGGAAACAACAAGACAAACCUUUAGAAACUAAUGCCCGCAAAGAAAUAUUAAGUGAUGGUACAUUAAUAAUAAGAGAUACACAAAAAUCUGACCAAGGAAAUUAUACGUGCUUAGUGGAAAAUCAAUAUGGUCGAGAUGAUAUUGUGUAUACAGUACGGAUCCGUGUUCCACCUGAUCCACCAAUAUUAACGGUUGUAGAUGCUUACGCGGAUAGUUUGCAUUUACAUUGGAAAGAUCAAAAACAUGGUGGUAGUCCAAUAUUAGGAUAUGUUAUAAAUUACAAAAGGGAUCAUGGAGAUUGGGAAGAAUUGCAAAUGGAUGCACGUGCUGAUUCGCAUAUGUUACGUAAUUUAUGGUGUGGAACUCGUUAUCAAUUGUACAUAACAGCGUAUAAUAAAAUUGGUACAGGUUUACCUUGCGAUAUUGUCAACGCAUAUACUAAAGGAACAGUUCCUGUUAAGCCGAAACAAUCACAAAUGUUGACAAUGAACGCUACCGUUGUUACUAUAUGGUUAGAUUCAUGGGGUGAUGGUGGCUGUGGUAUAUCCUAUUUUAUACUUGAGUAUCGUGAAAUGGAAUCAUCACAAUGGGUUCUGUCUUCCAAUAGCGUUAAGCCAACUGAACGUGUUUAUAGUAUAAUGAGCUUACAACCAGCAACUGAAUAUCAAUUAAGAGUAACUGCUCACAAUAAUGCUGGAUCAACUAUUGCUUUAUAUAAUUUUACAACAUUAACAGUACAAGGAGUAUUGCCAGAUAUUCAAUCACCAGUUUCUCAUUCAAGUGAAAAACCAUUUUAUGCAAAUGUUAAAGUUAUAGCGCCUAUUUCUAUUUCUAUUUUGGUAUUGUUAGGUUUAAUUGGAAUAGUAUUAUUAAUUCGACGACGAAUGUUUACGGAAUAUCAACAAAAUUCAAGUGAAACGAAUCGACCAAUGGGUGAAUCCCCGUCAAUGGCUCAAAUGCAAAACAAACAAAAUCGGGAUCAACAAUAUUUAGCUGUCAGAGUGAGUCGAGGACAACAACCCAUGUCAAUAGAUUCUGCUACAUAUAAGACUGAUUCUGAUUACAUCGAGGAUAUAUGCCCUUAUGCCACUUUCCAACUGUCAAAACCUGCGUACAGUGAAAGCUCAUAUAGUGGAAAUGUAUACAGUGGUCCAUACCAUUCUGUACGAGGUUCUUUUGUAUAUCACGAUGUAAAACCACCACCUUCCGAAAAAUUUAAAAUGGGGCAUAACAAAGAACCUGAGUACACCAAAGUUAGAAGAAAAGGUGGUAGAUUAAGAGAUCCUCAUUCAGAAAGUCAAGAGUCGGACAACUUGGGAAGCACUGACUCUGAGGUGAAGAAGAUUUUAACUCUGCACCUGCCUAUUUCAGAAUACGAUACAUUGGGCAGCGAUUCCGAAGCCGAGGCCUCACAUUCCGGGGGCGGCGCGGGAGCCAGCCAGGAGCUUGUCUCCUUUAGGCACCGCAUCGCCCGAGAUGCAUCUAAUGCCCCAACUGAAGGGUCAAGCUCCUCUUCAGAAACAUCACCUGCAUCUGUUGGUCGAAAACCCUACCAAUCACGGAAAUCAAAAUCAAAAGCUGCACCCCUAAAUAAACGGCACGUAAGAAGUAGUAGUGGAUAUUCUAGUCAUAAUGAUGAAACUACUUUUAGUAUAUCUCAUGCGCCAAGUUUCAACGAACACAUUAAUCCACCAUCACGUUUUUCUGAUGUACAUCCUCGAGAUUUAAGUGAGGCUGAAUGUGACAAAAGUCUGGUAUGCGGUUCCAGUAUGGGUAUGCGUAAAGGUAGCCGUGGAACUAGUAUUGGAAAACUUACACGGGAUACAUUUCAGAUAAACGUGUAAUAAUCAUAACAUUUAAAUAAUAUUAUA